AUGGUGCAAGCCAGGAAGUUCAAGUACGACGUCAUCGGACUGACCGAGACGAGGCGAACCCACCCACUGAACGCCGUGUAUGACACUGGAGAAGAACUGUUCUCAGGAACAUGCGACAGUACGGGAGUUGAUGGAGUUGGUGUCCUCGUCAACACGAGGUCCGCCUUCCUGCUUCAUGUCUUCCUGUCGCUGUCGCUUAUGCACCAACAUCAAUCAACGAAGAAGAAGAAGAAGUCGAAGCUUUCUAUAUGGAUCUGA